UAAGUUUAGUCAAAAGCUAAUCCCUUAUGGGUUUCCUGAAUUAAUCCUUGUUUAUAUACAUUUAGUCCCUUUAUGGUCUGUACACACCAUCACACUUUAGAACUUUUGGGGUUUUAUGUCUUCAUUAGUUUCAAUAUUUAUUCCAUUGUUAUUUACCAUUAAACUAAGCAAAAUCUUCCCACUUGAUUUUUAUCAUAUGUGAGUCCUCACCAAGUACUAAUGGUCAAGACAGAUUUUUAUUUUAUUUACUUAUUCUCUGAUGAAAAUCAAGACAGCCUUUUUAAGCAUAUUCUAUUCGUUGUUUCACAUGCAAACAUUGUUAAAUAUGUUUUUUGUUUAAUUGGUUGAAUUUCUAUUGAUGUAUCCGUUUUUUUGUUCCGUGAAGACCAUUGAAACAAUUCAAUACACAGUUUAUUAAAUAUGCUUCUUAUCUUCUUGCUUCGUUUUACCCGAUUUGUUUAUUAAAUCACGUAUCUUCCCAUGACAGUUUUUUAUUUGACUAAUACUAAAACGACCCCAGUUUUGUAUAUUAUUGAAUUGUAAAGUGGCUUCUGGUUGGUGUUAAUCUGUGGGAAUCUUUGAUGUUUAGAAAGCUUUUCUUAUUCAUUUUCUUCAAUUUUUUAUAUAUAUAAUUUCCUGCUCGGUUGACCAUUCUAGCAACUCCAAAGUUUCACGUGAGAUCCAUUAACCAAAGAAAGAAUCUUGACCUUUUAUUUACACCGGAUGUCUUCAUUGUGGAGCUGAGCAAUGGGAGGUUGUGUUUCCACUAGUAGUAAGAGUACUUGUAGUAACAAAAGCAAUGGAGAUAAGUUUUCUCCAUCAUGCUGUGAAGUCGGAUUCCUCGGGCAAAAGAGAAGGAAAAGAACAUUUUCUGAUCAUGUUAUCGGUCUCCAGCAUUUGCCCUCUAUUCCCAACAGGAUUUUCAUGAAUGGAAAGAGUCAAACUUCCUGCAUAUUCACCCAGCAAGGUCGGAAAGGGAUAAACCAGGAUGCCAUGAUUGUUUGGGAAGAUUUCAUGUCGGAAGAGGCAAUCUUUUGUGGUGUAUUCGACGGCCAUGGUCCACACGGCCACCUAGUUGCUCGCAAAGUUAGGGAUGCCCUGCCAUUAAAGCUUCUAUCAUUCUUGCAUUCUCUGCAGUCAAAGGAAAAUGGGACAGGCAAGACCUGCUUCAAAGGGAAUACAAACAAGUUGGAUGAAGAGUUGGAGAAAGUUGGCUCAGCAGAGGAUAAACUAAAUUCAUUGUGGAAAGAAGCCUUCCUGAAGUCAUAUAAGGCCAUGGACAAGGAGCUGAGAUCUCAUCCAAAUUUGGAUUGCUUCUGCAGUGGCAGUACUUCUGUCACUAUUGUCAAACAGGGGUCAAAUCUUUUCAUGGGGUAUAUAGGGGACUCUCGGGCAAUUAUGGGAUCCAAGGACAGCAGUGAUUCCAUGGUUGCAGUCCAGUUGACUGUUGAUUUAAAGCCUGAUCUGCCGAGGGAAGCCGAAAGGAUUAAACGAUGCAAAGGAAGGGUCUUUGCUUUGCAAGAUGAACCUGAAGUUCCCAGAGUAUGGUUGCCAUUUGAUGAUGCACCUGGCCUAGCAAUGGCUCGAGCCUUUGGCGAUUUCUGUUUGAAAGAGUAUGGAGUAAUUUCGAUUCCUGAAUUCUCGCAUCGAACUCUUACAGAGAAAGAUCAGUUCAUAGUUAUUGCUUCUGAUGGGGUCUGGGAUGUCUUGAGCAACGAGGAGGUGGUUGAGAUAGUCUCCACAGCUCCAACUCGGUCUUCAGCUGCAAGAAUUUUGGUUAACUCAGCUGCUCGUGAAUGGAAACUCAAAUAUCCAACUUCGAAGAUGGAUGACUGUGCAGUAGUAUGUGUAUUUCUAGAUGGGAAAAUGGACUCUGAAUCAGACUAUGAAGAUCAGUGUUAUUCUUCAGCAACCCUUCAAAGUAACCAUUCGGGUAAUGCGGUUGAAUCAGACGAUGGCCAAAAGUCAGAGCCAUCGCUGCAAAGGAACUUCACAGUAAGAUCAUCAGAAGAAAGUGACAAUUAUGGAAGACUCCCAACUGAGCUUGAAGGGAAUAGUGAAGCUGCUGUAACUGAAGAUCAAAACUGGUUAGGCUUGGAAGGUGUAACGAGAGUCAACUCUCUUGUUCAGCUACCAAGAUUUUCUGAGGAAAGGCCAACUUAAAAAAUUUUGUUACUUGAUGUGUACAAAUGAAAUGGGUUUUUUUUGGUGAUAUGCGUUUCCAUUUUCAGCCGCAAUAUUCAACCCAAAAAGGCUGGAAAUCAUUCUCUGAAUGAUUGACCAAAAAGUCACAAACUCUUUGUUUAGCUCCAUCAACAAAAUCAAUUUGUUUGUUGAACUUGCACAAAAUUUAGUGGGAACAGUUCAUGCUAGGGGAAGUGACUCACUACAUAUUUAUGUUCAUAUAUUUGCAAAUUGUACUAUAGUAUUUGGUUGAAAUUCUAGCCAUAUCUUCAUUUGGGUACGUACACCUCCAA